AUGAUUGUGCUUGAAAUGGAAGGCUUUAUUGGUCACGACGAGACCAGCUCUACUUUAGGAGAAUCGGUGCAGAAAAAUAGCAGAAACAGUGUCUGGAACGGCGCGAAUUUUGGUGACGGAGGUGCUUCAGACCUCUUUUUCAUGGAAGCGCCUUGA